AUGGUCGGAUCAUGCAGAACGGGAUCACAUAGACCAGAUGGCGAGCUUAUAGGCCGCUUUCAAAAGCUCUGUGGCAAAUCAUUCUUUAACGAGGGCUCCAAAAACAAACUUGAACCGGGUAACCCUUUUAUUACUGAGGGAGACAACAAGAUGACACCAUCGGAAGGUGCCUGUAAGAAGGUGAAAGGAAGCCUCCAACUAUCCGACCCUUCCUUCUCAUUCGACGGGAAUGCACCGUCUGAUUCAUUUACCUCAACAAUGUCUGAACAGCGCAUGGCACCCCAAAGCCAAAAUCUCGACCUUUAUACAUCGCAAUUAAAAGCCUCUACUACCUUCCAUGACUUGGUAGAGGGGUACCAACCUUCGAAGGACGUUUCUCCUCAAAAUAUUCUUAAACUUCCGUUUAGACAUCAAUUCGAAGAUCAGGCCAACUCAAACUCGCUGGAUGGUAUCAAUCCCGCAGUAACAUGGAACAGCAUGGAUCCCUUUUCCACACAAGAUGCAUAUGCACCGAAUCAGUUCCCCCAGCCAAGUUUGGACUGGGGGGGCAUGGCACUUCCAGCUGAGCCGCUUAAUUUCAAUCACAUUCCAGAAAACGAGCUGUCAUGGGAUCCAACGGAAAAGGCCCAACAAGUUGGUGACAAUGUUCGCCACUCGCAAAAAAAGUCCUACCCUGAGGGCAACCGGUUCCGUUACCCUGCCACUCUUCGAGCACCCACUGCAGUAGUGAAUGACUCGAGUGAGAUGCCUGUGUCGUAUCUCAACAAGGGCCAGGUGUAUCAUCUCAGGGUGGUAGACCCAACCCCGUCCGCGGUAUAUACUAGCGAAUCCACCCAGUACCGAACAUUCGUUCGGAUUUCAUUCGAUGAAGAACAACAACGAUCUGACCCAGCUGCCUAUUGGCAGUUAUGGAAAUCAGCGCGAGGACUGAACAAGAGCAACGAGAAACUUCAAGCUGUCGAAUAUGUGGGUGAAAAUAACCCCUUCAUGCACGUUGAGCAAGUCUCUCUCGAUGGAUUUUGUGUUACCUGGACAGGUAAUCCAACCGACGGAGUGCCCCAAUGCAGUAUCCCAGUCCGAUUCAACUUCUUAUCCACCGACUUCACACUCUCGAAGGGGGUGAAAGGAAUUCAGGUCAGGCUUUGCGCUAAGACAAAACAACAUGGCGAACUUGAUACCCAAGAACCAGAAGUAUGCUUCUGUAAUGUGAAGCUCUUCCGCGACCAUGGCGCCGAGCGGAAACUAUCGAACGACGCUGCGAGCAUCCGAAAAAGGAUGGAAAAGCUACAGCUUCAAAUGAACGACUCAGCCCCGCCCGAAUGUUUAAAUAAGAGGAAGCGAGGCAGCGUUUCCGCAAAAUCCAAUCCGGAUCACAGUUACUCGAAGAACAACCUACAACGUCAAGGCGACCUGUCAAUAGAUCUUGACAACGCCCCACAGCAAGCAAACUUUCACCAGCAACUACAGAAGAGGCUAGACGCUCUCGAACGUUGCUUCUACUCUAGCCGUCCUGAAAGUGCUCUGAACCUUCGUGCCGGGCCUCAAGAUGAUCCCGAAUUGCAUCCAACUGUUUCAUUAAACGCAGAUAACCCGCAGAAACCGGCAAUUACGGACCGCAGGGACUCAUCAAUUGACGACGCUUCAUCUGUUAAAUCGGAUUUGGCCGGAUUCAACGAGAGGGAAACGCCAAGCUCUAUGAGUAGUCUCCAUAACGUGGAGAAUCAUAGAGUAUCGCCCACAUCAUUGAACUUAGAGAAUUUGCCUACUAUGCCAGUUAUAAAUGACCAGUCUCCAAGUGAGCAUUAUCGUGCAAUUUAUCCCAAAUCACGGACAGUCCAAGAUCUAAAGUCGAAGAUCUUGGAGAAGAGUUCUGUAAAAACAAGCCUAGAAAUCUCUAGGAUUCUACAUAUCAACGAAGCUGGGCUCAAGGUUGUGGUGGAUGAUGAGUUUGUGCAUGAGAUGGUCGAAGGACAGAGCAUGGCUGCCAGAAUCGUUGAGACCCCCGGGCCUUGCCUUGAUGCUAACGACGUAUCUGGAAAUAAGGCUCAACAUGAAAUUUGGUUGGAGUAUUAG